GCAGGACCUAAAUUGAAAGCAAGGAGCCAGUGUGCCUCGCGCCGUGACUGUGAAAGUUAGGAUGUACAAUUUCUCCUCCGGUCGGGGCUCCUAGCGUGGUUUGUUGUGUGGGACCGUUCUCUGCCGACGACGGAGGGAACGAAUGACCUUCGCAUUUUAAAUGCGGUUUCCAACGUUGCUGCUUCGUGAUUCAGUGACGUUUCCACUGUUCGGCGACAAUAUUGCUCCAACGGCACUGGAAUUAUCCUCGAAACUGGAUGACUUAUAGUUUUUAUUCGUUUCUUCCUCACGUGGACUCUGGUGGUGCGUCCUGAGGAUUAUGAUUAGUUGUGCCUGAUUUCAUACGGUAUUGCGUCAAUGUGCUAUGGAAACGACUUACUGAAAGAUCAUCUUUACGGACGCGGGAUUAAUUUAAGGAAGGCUGAAGGUUAAUGUGGUGACGCCAUGGAUGAAGGAAGAUGGGGGGUAGUGCGGGUCUCCCAUAAUUACCUCCUCCUCCUCCUCACCUUCCUCCUCCCACUACAGUUGAACACCGUUUGUGCACAAGGACCAGAUGAAGGAAGGUUCUUCCGGAGCAUGUUCACCCUGCCCGAGCAGUGUGUUCACAAUGGCGUCCCAGCCUCUUGCACCUUCAUACUCUCGUGUCUUCUUCGGGGAGAUAGACCCGUUAACAAAUGUGGUGGCGGUUACAUCUACACCUGUUGCGUUCCAACGGUAGUCCAAGUGAGGUCGGAUGCCAACAGGAACAUCGGUUUUUUCAACAGAGACCGCCAUCCCGUAGUUAACAGUCCCCUUGGGCGCUUCCGGUUCCCAUCGCGUCGCCCAAGACCAUUUUUACCGCCCCGUUCUUGGGGCCUUAACCGACUCCCAGUUCGAGUUGGCCCCUCACUCAAUUCGGCCCCACGCCGUGAGUUGCAGCGGCCUCCUCCUCCCGCCACCAGCCCUGUCGAGUCCAGAGCUCGUCCCUCGGUGCAGCGGCCAUCCUUGUCGAACGAUGCAGGAUGCGGCAUUCAAAGGGUAUCCCAGUUCGCCAAGAGGAUUAUCGGAGGGAACGAGGCUCGUUUUGGCGAAUUCCCUUGGCAGGCUCAUAUCCGGAUAUCCGGAUACCAGUGUGGAGGCGUUCUCAUCAAUCAUUUCUUCGUAGCCACGGCUGCUCACUGCGUUCAUAAAGCACGUCUGAAUCAGAUUACGGUGCAUCUGGGAGAGUUCGACACGAAGGACACUGGUGAAUACUCCGAGCCCUUGCCGAAGGAGACGUUCAGUGUUCUGGAAAAGAGACUUCACCCCAACUUCAAAUAUAUGUUAACUCAGCCCGACAGGUACGACAUCGCUGUUCUUCGGCUAAAUCGACCGGUCCAUUACAGAGAGAAUAUUAUACCAAUCUGCCUUCCGGGUCCUAACGACGACUUUGGUGGAGAUGUUGGCGUCGUGGCCGGAUGGGGGAAGACUGACAAUUCCUUCGGUAAGACUGGCACAAACAUUCUACGGAAAGUAAUGGUCCCGAUCAUAAAUAACGAGGAGUGUCUACGUUGGCACCACUUCAAGGGAAUAGAUGUGAAACUGCAUUUUGAAAUGUUUUGUGCUGGACAUUCUGAGGGGAAAAUGGAUGCCUGCUUGGGAGACUCUGGGGGCCCGCUGGUCGUGCAGAAGGACGGGCGAUGGUUCCUCGCUGGCAUAACAUCCGCAGGAUUUGGGUGCGCUGUCGACCACCAGCCAGGCAUAUACCACAAAGUCUCCGUUACCUCAAGUUGGAUAGCAGCAAACGUUAGAUCGUAAUGAAUAAGAACUCUAGUUUAAAAGAUACCUCAUUUCUUAAGUUCACAUUUGUUACCUAAAGUAAUCACUGCUGUGCCGUCUCCUAAACUGCUUGAAAAUUGUUAUUAGUGAAAACAGAAAACUCUUACUUCAGUGUCAUAAUCCAAGAACGUUGUGCUUUACGCGAUUUCGUCAUAGUCAAGGAUAUUCUCUUUACUGGACCGAUAAUGCAAUUUAAUUUCAUGUUAACGAAGAACGGAUAGUACUAAAGUGUAAAGUCACUGUUAUCAUGAGAUUCAAAAUAGUGAAGAAGGAAAAGUUACAUGAGGUCAUCAUGUCUAUAAGGAUCAUGUUCACCGGGUGUCCUUUUUUUAUCAGUGACAUUUGUGAGUGAAAAUUCCAAGUAUUAUGAUUGUUAUCCUAACGAGACUAUUUACAGUUGUAUAUACUCGUUACUUUGUACAAGAACUAUUUACAUUAUUUUCAUAAUUUGCGUCGUUUAAACUAAGAUGAACACUUGAACAACGGAAUGCAGUGCAGUAUUGCAACGCAGUUAUGUCGUAAUCAGUUCCAGCUCCUAAAGUGAGCUAGAUUUCGAUAAAAGGAGCGAUUAUUGUGAAAAUCAGUCACGUGGCUGAAAAUUCUCAUUCUAUAACCAAAAUUUACUUCUUAGGCCAUAUAUAUCGAUCAUCUUCAAGAACUUGAGAGUAAUUAUACUGAGAGCCAUUCAGGUUUAUCCUAGGAGAGACGGGAAUGCUAUUUAGAAAUUCUAGUUUAAAUAUUUUAUUAUCCGGCAGACAAUGGACAGGUAAGGUCUUAUGACAUAAAUUGUAAAUGAUUCUCUGUUUAUGCUUGGAAUCUCCAAAUGUUGACUGGAACUUGAUAAGUCAGAAAGGUUUUGUAAAUCAAGAAUUAGCAAAACUUAUGAACAGUGAUGGUACAACCCCCAAGUCAAGAUAGCCAUGUGACUUGCUUAUAAGUCAUUAUAUCUACAGUUUUUGUCUUAUUUGCAUUCAUACAAUGCUUAUUGCCGUUGUUUUCAGCAUGCCAUUUGACUUGUGUGGCAAGUAUAACAUUUUGUAUUUUAUUUUAUUAUAUUUUCUAAGGAUUCUAGUGAAGAGCAUCUCGAACUCCCGAUUUUUCUGUCACCCGAACCAAGUCACUCGAAUGGUUAUUUUAGCCUGUUUUCAUAUUCUUGGGGAAGUGGUAAAUGCCUCCUGAAUACAAUUAUUUAUUUGUAAUUGCAAAACUAUCUAAUUUAAACAUAUACCCGUCUCUAGAAUUGUCGUAUAGUAUCAUAAUUAAAAAUCGUUUUAACCAAAUGGAAACUGCAGGUCACAUAAAAGGCUAUAAUAAAUGGAUAUAUAAUUAGAUUUUUUGACGGUAGGGGAAAGAUGUUUUCAAUUUAAAAAAUAUUUUUAAUUUUCUCCCAUACCAAAAAUUAUAUUUUGUUAUCUCAAAGUUACUCUCUUAGGAUUUUGGGUAUAAUAACCACCAAAAUAAUUUUUCAUUAAGAGAGACUGUAAAGUGCAUGGAUAAACACUUAUGACCCCAGAUCAUUUGUAAAUCAUUCAGUCAGUAUACUGUGUAACCACUGCGAAUAACUGAUUGCAUUUCUCAUUGAUCGUAUUGAAAUUUAUGAGUAGAUAUCUAUGGCUCUGUUCUUUUUCGGCAGAAUUUUUUUCUUGAAAGAACAAGCAAACGGAGUACAAUACCAAUGUUUCAAAUACUGUACAAUAGUAGAUGUACACUACAAGCAUAUUUGCGUGUUUCACUAAGUAGUUUUGAAGUGCUCUAUUUAAGAAAAUAGGCUUCCGCUCGUUUGCAGUUAAGUGAAAUUUGUCGUUAAUAUGAAACCGUGAAAUCAUUCAUGUAAUGAGCGGACUAGGAAUAUGCGUAGGCAAUCGCUUAGAACUAUUCAUAAGAAAUGAAAUUCGAAUGUGCAAACGGAUUCCCAGUGACGGCAAGAGAUUGUGUUAGUAGCCUUUUGACAAGUAGUACUCUAAUAUGUUCACACCCUUAUAUCCCAACGAACUCCGCGUAGAUAAUAAUGGUAUAUUAUGUGAACAGUUUAUUGUGGUUUUGUGUGAUACUUUCCGAUGUUGUCCUUUUUAAAAUAUUUUUGUCAUUUUGCCUGGAUCUCGAAAAUAUAAAACGCGAAAUUGUCUACCAUCCUUGCUAACCGUCCGUUAGUAACAUGGAAAAUUGUAGACUAAUGUCUAUUUGUGCGAUGUCAACAAACACUGACGAAUGCAAGGUUUGUAAUCAGUUCAAGGUGAUACUAGCUGUGAUAUUUUCUGAAGAAGGUUGUGUACGAGCUCCAAAAGGUAGGUAGAAACACAUUCAAGAUGAACAUUCGUGUAGUGAAGCCAUGAUAUUUUAAUGUUUCUGACUUCAAACUCAUUUGGGUGACUUUUCUUACAGUUUUGUUAUGGUAUAACAAUCUUGUCUUGUGUUCCUGUUUUUAUUUUUGCUUGUUAUUCCUUGUGAAAUAUUGUGCAAAACCAUGGUGAAAGACCAAGAUAGUUUAUUGUUUGAGCAGUGUUACAUGUUCUUUUUGUUCGUUGUUAAAACCGAUUUAAACACCGUGACUUCUCCACAGUCCUUGAAAGAAUUAAGCAGUCUAGUACAGCAUAUCUACUGAAAAUAAGGCACAAAUAAUGUCCAAAGAGCUGUUAACUGUUAAAGCAUGUUGUACCAAACAUGUCUUCUAGUUUCCAAUUGUGAAUACUUGUACUAUGACUACUUGUAUAUAAUAUUUAUUUUUGUAGUACUUAAUAUAGUUUGCAA